AUGAUCUUAUUCCAAUUGUUAAAUGUAAAUUAUUAAAAAUAUUUCUAACCAUAUCAAAUAUUUGCUAUAAAAAGAAAGAGAUUAUUAAUUCAAACAUCAAAAAUAAACUUAAAUCUCCUAUUAAUCCAUCUAUAAUAAAUAAUAAUUUUGGAUAAACUAACAAGAAUCUAUUCUCCAAAAUUUAUAACUUGUUUAAGAUUCUAAUUGAUUAAGUAUUUUUAGUUAAUAAAUUGAAGUAACUGCUACUUUAUAAUAAUAAUUCAAAGAAACACAACAAUAUAUAGAAUAAUAAUAAAAUAAUCAGGUACCCAAAAAGUUAUUAACUACAUUGUUUAAUUUAACACUCCAUUGCAAAUAAUAUAGAUAUUAUUAAUAAAGAUUAAAAUAUUGUGAAAUAUAGAUGAUUUUUUAAAAAUCAUUUAACUUAAUUAUUAAUAAAUUAUGUAUGUAUUGCUAACAUUAAAUAAAUAAUUAUUAGAUUACUAAUAAAUAUUAAUAAUCUACUAUUAAUACUUUAAAUUAUUUUGGAUUAUUUAAUCCUGAUAAUUCACCAGAAAUAUUAUAAUUCAAUUAAAUAUUAGAAUUUAUAGUUUAUUCGAAAUUGAUAAAACACAUUUCAUAAAUUGAACUAAAAUUUUUAUCGUCAAUUUUCAUUCAGCUAAAUUAAAACUUUGAUUAUCAUUACAUUGACUCAAUCUAAGCUAACUCAAAUAUUAAUAAUAAUUCAUGA